AUGCAGCCCGCGCUAGUUCGGCAAAUCUCCACGAGUUCCAAGUGUUCUGGGUGGGUGCAUAAAUGGCCAAAGUUCAAACGAUGGCAAGAAUUGGAGAAGGAAUAUGUGGAACACGUGAAAGACAAGCAAAAACAACAAAAUUUCAUAAAACUACCCACCGGGAUGUAUAUCACGCCAGAAAGACCGGAUGAUUGUGAGUUCUAGUUUUGGUUUUGAUUGCAGAAAAGGUUUUCAUGAUUUUCAGUGGCUCCCAAAAAGAAUGUUGCUGAUAUGACGAGAAGAGAGACUGGCGCAUUGCCAAUGGAACUUCUAACCUGGCACACACAAAUGAGAUAUGUUGACCAUUCAAUCGAUAAUAUUAGGCGAUACCGAAGAUACCGGAAUUUUCAACAUAUGCAGUAUGAUCAGCGAGUUAUAGCUGAGAGACUAUUAUUUUUGGGUCCAGACCUAGCCGCUGCUCAUUUUCUAGUCCACCGUGGAGCCGCUGUCAAAUUCAUCGGCGAUGAUAAUUGGUAUAAAAAGGAUAAAUUCAACAGAUACAGUUUACCCGGUAGAAAAGUUGAAAAUCUUUUCAUCGAAGCUAUCGACGCUUCAGGAACUCAGAUAAUGUUCGAAGGCCUUGAAAACCUUCAAGAUUUAUCGAAACUUCGAUUGCUCAGAUUAGCAAAUUGUGAAUAUAUUGAUGAUUGGUGUUUGGGAAGAAUUGGUGGACUUAUGCCAAAUUUGGAGAUGUUAGAUUUAUCCGGUUGUCAAAGGAUAUCUGCAAAAGGCUUGAUGGGCUUGAAAAUGAUGAAGGAUUUGAAAUAUUUGAGGCUUGAAGGAUUGGCAUUUAGAGAUUUGGGAAAAGCUGCGUUAUUACUAGAAGAAACCUUACCUAAAGUUAAGGUUAUUGGAGUGGAUUUUGAAGAAGAGUUCAAAAUUCUUGAGCAUGAAAAUCGAUUGUUGGAGAAUCCGAAUGUUGUUCAGGAUGCGAGAGGAAAUGCGUUUUUAGAGGACGAGAAUUCCAGAUUAUUCUUAGUUAUGUCAACUUCUAGUGAUAAAGCGGUUACGGAUGAUAAUGAUAAUCCGAUUAUGACUUCUACAGUUAGAAGGUGCGGAAAAAUGACGAUUUUCAGCCAAAAUUACCGAGUUUUGGCUGAAAAUCGGUGUUGUUAUACGAAAUUUCAUGCCGGAACCUGGAAAUUUCAGCGAAAUUUUAGAAUUUCGCUGAAAUUUUCAGGUUCUCGCGCAGGGAAUGUUCUAGAGUGGAUUUUUAUGAUUUUUGAGUUUCAAAACUUGGAAAAUCAUGAAAAUUCCUCCCAGAACCUAAAUUUUCACGAGAUUCCAUGCCUGAAUCUGAAAAAUUCAGCAAAAUCUUGAUUUUUUGCUGAAAUUUUCGGGUUCUCGCGCAGGGAAAUCUAUCGCCGAUUUUUUUUUGUGCCGAAACCAUGUUCUAGAGUGGAUUUUUAUGAUUUUUCAGUUUGAAAAGCUGAAAAAUCAUGAAAAUUCCUCCCAGAACCUAAAUUUUCACGAGAUUUCAUGCCUGAAUCUGAAAAUUUCAGUCAAAAAUCGCAUUUUGGCUGAAAUUUUCGGGUUCUCGCGCAGGGGAACCUAUCGCCGAUUUUUUUUGUGCCAAAAUCAUGUUCUAGAGUGGAUUUUUAUGAUUUUUUGGGUUAAAAACCUGAAAAAUCAUGAAAUUUCGCCCCGGGACCUAGUUUUAAUGAAAUUCCAUGCCUGAACCCGAAAAUUUCAGUCAAAAAUCGCAUUUUUGCUGAAAUUUUCGGGUUCUCGCGCAUGGGAACCUAUCGUCAAUUUUUCCAGAGAAAUCCCGAAAAUCGACGAUGCGGAAUUCGAGAAAAUCAACGCGUUGAGCGGCGGAAAACUUCGACAUUUGUUGGUUGGCUCGCCGAGCGGCUAUGAAUGGAAUGAGACGGUGAGAAUUUGAAAUUCUGAAAAUUUUGAGCCCAAACAUGCCCAAGUUUGGGCUCAAAAUGCUCCAGCCAAAAACAACCUAAAUUUAAUUCCAGACCGAAAAAAUUCUGGAACACGAAGCUCUCCUCAACUCCCGUGACAAUAUAAAAACCGAUCCAAAAAUGUUGCCAGCCUCAAAAAGGCCCAAAUUCCAGCUGUCCGAGCCGCCCGAAAAAUCCAAACUCGAAGAGGCGAAAAAUCGAUUUUUUGCCGAAUUUUCGCAAGAUCAAGAGGAAAAUCUGAAACUUUUGAAGCGGGUAAAUUAG